UUAAUAAAAUUAAAAUUAGGAGAAGAACAGGAGGAGGUGGAAUUUUUAAUAGACACAGGAGCCACCUAUUCGGUUUUGAACCAGGCUUUAAUGCCUUUGGGAAAUGAUUAUGUUUCAGUAAAAGGUGCAACUGGCCAAACUGAAAAGGCUUAUUUUUGUAAACCUUUAAAAUAUAAGUUGGGAAAACAGAUGGGGAUCCAUAAAUUCCUAUUUAUGCCAAAUUCCCCAAAGGCCCUUCUUGGUAGAGACUUAUUAGAACAAUUGGAGGCAACAAUCAAAUUUAAAAAAGGGGAAGUUACUCUGGAGGUAAAUAAUCAUCAAUACAUACAGGUUAUGAGCCUAUCUCUGGCCAAUACUCCUAUAAAAAGGGAAAUUGAUACCAGGAUUAUUGAUCAGGUAUAUCCCGGAGUAUGGGCAAUUGACAUACCGGGACGUGCCAAGAAUGCAUCACCUGUAAUAGUAAAAUUGAAGGAUGGACAGAGUGCGGUAAGAAUUAAACAAUACCCACUGAAAAGGGAAGAUAGGGAAGGAAUUCGUCCAAACAUAGAGCGAUUCAUAGAACUAAAACUACUAAAACUACUAAAAGAAUGUGAGUCAGAAUUUAACACACCUAUCCUCCCAGUUAAAAAACCUGAUGGGUCUUAUAGGAUAGUUCAAGAUUUAAGGGCCAUUAACAAAAUAACAGAGGAUCUGUAUCCUGUAGUAGCUAACCCCUAUACCUUACUUACCACCCUGACACCUGACCUAGCUUGGUUCACAGUUUUAGACUUAAAAGAUGCCUUCUUUUGCCUCCCUCUCCAUGAAGCCAGCCAAAGAAUUUUUGCUUUUGAAUGGGAAAAUCCCAGAAGCGGUCGAAAGACCCAGCUCACAUGGACGGUGUUGCCACAGGGGUUUAAAAAUAGCCCCACAAUUUUUGGAAACCAAUUAGCAAAGGAUUUGGAGUUAUGGGAACCACCGUCAGAAGAAGGGAAAGUGUUACAAUAUGUAGACGAUCUUCUUAUUGCAACCAGAACCGAAGAAUCUUGUAUUAUUUGGACUGUGAGUCUGCUGAACUUUCUGGGACUACAGGGAUAUCGAGUUUCUAAGAAGAAGGCACAGGUGGUGUUACAACAGGUCACAUACCUGGGGUACGAGAUCAGUGCCGGACAACGGGUCCUGGGGAAGGCCCGAAAAGAAGCCAUAUGCCAAGCCCCCCGACCAUGAACUGUAAAGGAACUGCAGACAUUUCUGGGAAUGACAGGAUGGUGCCGGCUUUGGAUAUGCAAUUAUGGCUUGCUUGUUAAACCAUUAUAUUCCCUGAUAGCAGCUAACCAGAAGGAUCUUCAGUGGGAUGCUGAAUCAGACAGAGCUUUCCAUGAACUGAAGAAAGCCUUGAUGUCGGCACCAGCACUAGGACUUCCUGAUGUGAGUAAGCCAUUUUUCCUAUUUUCCCAUGAGAAACAGGGAAUGGCAUUAGGAAUACUGGCACAAGAUUUGGGACCAUACAGACGGGCAGUGGCAUACUUCUCUAAACAGCUGGAUGCCACUGCAAAAGGGUGGCCUGGUUGCCUGAGAGCAGUAGCAGCCGUCAUCCUAAACAUCCAAGAGGCCCGGAAGUUUACCCUGGGCCAGAAAAUGACUGUCUUAGUAUCCCACACAGUGUCUGCAGUCCUUGAAACAAAAGGGGGGCAUUGGCUCUCCCCACAGAGAUUCCUAAAAUACCAGGCCAUAAUGGUGGAACAAGAUGAUGUUGAGAUCGUGACUACAAACAUCGUCAAUCCAGCCUCAUUUCUUAAUGGGAAUAUUGGAGAAUCAGUCGAUCAUGACUGUCUAGAAACAAUCGAAGCCACUUAUUCUAGUCGGACAGAUCUCAAGGAUGUUCCUAUUAAUGGAGCUGAACAUUGGUUCACGGAUGGGAGCAGCUAUAUGCUGAAUGGAAAGCGACAUUCCGGAUAUGCUGUUACAACCUCUGAAGAAGUGAUAGAAUCGGGGCCGCUACCAGCUGACACUUCGGCACAGAAGGCUGAAAUCAUAGCCCUUACUCGAGCUCUGGAAAGAGCUCGGGGAAAACCUAUAAAUAUUUGGACUGAUUCUAAAUAUGCCUUUGGAGUGGUACAUGCUCAUGGAGCAAUAUGGAAAGAAAGGGGACUGUUAAACUCCCAAGGAAAAAUCAUCAAACAUGCGGAAGAAAUUUUGAAACUCCUAAAUGCGGUCCAGCUUCCUGAAAGGGUGGCAAUUAUGCACAUUAAGGCACACCAGAAAGUGAGCACAGAAUUGGAAAGAGGAAAUGAACUGGCAGACAGGGAAGCAAAACAGGCAGCCAGAAAAGCAAUCAAGGUAGAGGGUGCGCUAAUACCCGAUGGACAAAUAUCUCUAGAAGGUAAACCAGACUAUACGAAAGAAGAUCGCAAACUAAUUUCUGACCUAAAGGGAUCAUAUAAUGAGGAAGGGUGGGCUAUAAUCUCACAUGGGAGAAUAGUGAUUCCUUCCUACAUGGUAUGGUCAGUGGUCAGGGAAGAACAUAGAAAAAGGCACUGGGGGGCAGAAGCUCUAUAUAAGGAUCUCACUAAAAACAUAAUAGCACGAAAUUUGUAUACUACUAUUAGACAAGUAACCCAACAAUGUGAUCUUUGCCUCCAGACUAAUCCUAAGAUUACCAAGGGGCCAAAGUUGGGAAAAAUUGGGAGAGGAAAUGUUCCUGGGCAACACUGGCAGAUCGAUUUCUCGGAACUUCCUAGAAAAGGGGGGUAUCGAUAUUUAUUGGUACUAACAGAUACCUUUUCAGGUUGGCCAGAAGCCUUCCCGUGCAGAACUGCUAAAGCCCGGGAAGUGACCAAAAUACUACUCCAAGAGAUAAUACCUAGGUUUGGAGUCCCAGUGGUAAUGUCCUCGGAUAGAGGACCACAUUUUGUGUCCAGAAUAGUGCAACAGAUCAGCCACCAUCUAGGAAUAGAUUGGCAAUUACAUACCUCAUACCGACCACAAUCGAGUGGCCAGGUGGAAAAGAUGAAUCAUCUAAUCAAACAACAGAUUGUCAAGUUAGGCCAAGAAACAAAUCUAACUUGGCCCCAGUCUUUGCCAUUAGCUCUUACACGAAUUCGAACUAGACCGAGAGCAAAAGAGGGGCUUAGCCCAUUCGAAAUUUUAUAUGGACGACCCUAUGGGGUACAAGAAUGGGACCUGUACUUGAAGGCCUUGGUUGAAGAGAAAGUGGAAGAUGAUCCCUGA